AUGCCAGCAGAUAGAUCCAAGCACGUACACCACCCGCUUCCGCAAAAUCCAGCUUCAUUCGACGGCGAUCCCGAGCAGCACAGCCAGCCUCAUGAACGCGUACAGCGUGUUAAGCCUUGUAGAACUCUCUUCGUCCGUAAUAUCGCCUACGAAGCAGAUUCAGCGCUUAUACGCACCCCUUUUGAAUCUUACGGCGAGCUCGCUAACUUCUUUGACCUGAUAAAGAGGCGCGGUAUGUGCUUCAUCACUUAUUUCGACGUCCGCGCCGCUGAGUCUGCUUUCAAUGCAAUGCAGGGCUCCCAUAUUGGUGGUCGCCCCCUAGACGUCCAUUACAGUCUCCCACAGGCUGACGAGACUUCACAGCCCUGUGACCGCGGUAAACACCAAGGCACGCUGUCUGUUUGGUUAGAGUCUUGCACUGAGCCAAUCAACGACUCGGCGCUGUCUGAUCUGUUUGAACAAUAUGGCCAAGUCAAAGAUAUCAGAGAUUAUGACGAUAGAAGUGAUAGCCGCUAUGUUGAAUUCUUCGACGAGAGGUCUGCCCUUGCUGCUUUUGAUAAUCUGAAUAUGAAACCUUGGCUCGAUGGCACGCUGAACCUCUACUUUGAAUGGGAUUGUCCAAUGGUCUCCGCCCCUAAGAAAUCUGGUGGUUAUGCUGAUAAAAUGGGUGCUGAGCAUUUGGUGAACAACCCUCCUAGGGAUUUCUCUGCGGCUGCGCUCAAUGAGUCUGCUAGCAAGUCUGCAGCUAAAAGAUCGAGACGCGGAGGUCAGCGUCGGUCGAAAAAUCGUCGCGGCGACAGUAUAAGUGAUGGUCCUGGUGUUUCUGGUGUUUCUGGUACUCCGAGUGCUCCGAGUGCUCCCCGCAGCUACGGCCACAAUAGCAAUGAGAGCAAUGUCCGCAACGCGUAUUCGAAUCGUCAAAUCAGUCGACCACCACAGCCACAGCAGCAUUAUGGUGGAUAUCUACCCGCUACUCUCUCCUCUACUCCUGCUCCUUAUAAUGCUGCAAAUGCAUAUGGCACAACACUAGACACUUCCCGCUUAGCAGAUGCGCAGCGUGUACAAGCUUUGCUCAGCUCGCUGAAUCCGUCGACGCUGAACAUGAACAUGAACGUGAAUCCGAGUGUGGGAGGAGCGGCAGUGGGCGCAGGAGCAGGAGCAGGAGCAGGAGCGAUGCAAAUGCCGACGCACGCACCCGCACCCGCGCACACUGCACACACUGCACCACCUAUGAUGCCUACGCCGCCAUUCAUGCAGCCCACGCAACCGCCAUACUAUGCGAGUCAAUCACCCCCACUCGGCAUGCAACCGCACCCCCAUCCACAUACACACGCACAUACACAUACACCUCACGCUCCCCAACCGCCACAACCACAACCACAGCAACAACAAAGCAGCCUCCCACCAAACAUAAUGAGUAUCUUGCAGGCAGCGAGCAGUAACGUGAGCGGUAGUGGUAGUGGAAGUGUGGGCGGGUAUGCGCCAGCCCCAGUAGGAGCAGGAGCAGGAGCAAUGCCAGGAAUGGGAAUAGGAAUGGGUGGGGGUGCUGGAGCGGGCUACCAGAGUGCACAGCCAAAUGCACCUCAGCAACCCAUGUACAACGGUUAUCAGACAAUGCAACCCGUUUCUUCCGUACCGGGUAUGUCGACAGCGGGAAGAGAUCCACGUAUACAGCAGCGGCAGCCAGUGCAACCAGUGCAACCGGUGCAGCAGCAAUCAAUACAUCAACAGCAACCAGUACAACCACAGCAAGCACCCUCAGAAGCACCACCUAACCCACAAUCAGUUCAAGCGUUGCUUUCGAUGCUGAAUAGCCAGAAAACAAUACCAAGUAAAAUGAAGUUCAUCAGCACAAUCUCUGUAGCCAUUCUCGCACUCACUUCAACUGUCCUCGCUUGGGAUAGAUCUCAACUUAAGUGCGGUCCAGAAGGUUUCCCUACCGAAUACACCCUCUUCAACAGCAACCAAAAGAACUUUACCCCAGAACAACAAGCCAUCGCUCAAAGACACUGGGAUGACGCAUACGGAUGUGAAGCAAAGAAUGCUGCAUUAGACGCAGCUGGUUUGUAA